AUGCCCGCGGAAUUCAGGCAGGCGAGUACUGGGUCCCUCAGUAUACCGCCGACAACCUCUAUCAAUGGCGGUCCGCCUCUGCCUACCUCAGCAGGAGCAGCAAUUCUUGGGCGCUUUGAUGGUCCUCGUAGUCCCCCUGGUAGACAGAACACCAGUCAUGUACCGUGCAAGUUCUUCCGAGCCGGUGCAUGUCAGGCCGGAAACUCAUGUCCCUUCAGUCAUGAUCCUGCGAGUACCACGGACAAUAUUUGUAAAUAUUUUGCCAAGGGAAACUGCAAAUUCGGCCCGAAAUGUGCCAAUAUUCAUGUCUUACCGGAUGGUCGAAGAAUCAGCUACACCAAAUCGCUGGGAACUAGUCAUUUGAAUUUAGGUACUAGGUUGAAUAAUGAUCACUUUCAAUCCCAAAAGCCAGGAUCGGCAAUAAGUACCUCAUUUCUACGAACAAGCAGUGUACCGCCUCCUCCCUAUGGACAGCACUUUCAUAAUUUGCGAGAUGACAACUUUCUAGCUAAUCGACAGGCUGGCAUUGAUAUUGCAGUUCCUAGUGUUGAUUCAAGCUUCGUACCAAGCCAAACAAUUAAUGGAGAUGAGGACGUGAAUCGAUUCAGCCUAAGACUUUCACCCGGCACUUGUAAAAUCAAUAGUGCACUAGACGCAACAUUACCAAGCUCUUUUGAUGGAGGUGGAGCAUCUUGGAUAACUCGUAACGGUCCUAUGGCUUCUUCGGUCCCGGCUAAAUUCAGCCUCGAUACAUUUCCCGAUUUUCCUGGGCCGCCAGAUGGACGGUCUUCAGAGACUUUGAAGAAGCUGCAUCACUCAGUUUUUGGGGAUGAGACACGUGAAAGAUGGAAUGGCCAUACCACUUCUCCACCAGUCUCAUUAGGCGAGGAAUAUUUAAGCAAGAGAUCAAUGCAGCUGCAUCGAUCGAUUAAGAGAGGUUCUAUAUCUGCUAAUGUGACCAAAGCAGUUGAUCGAGAUUGGGAAGCGAAUUUUACCUUUGAAGAGGACUAUUUACCUGAAACGUUGAAGGAUCUUAUGACCCCUCAAGAAAAGGCCCGCCGUGGGUCUCGGAACGCUGAUGAGGAGGGCAAGUUCCAGCUCAGUGGUACAGGUACACCAAACAACGAUGUAUCGAGCAAAUUUAGUUCGCCCUCGAAUACAAGUCCAUCAAGAUGGGGAUCAUUGUUUCAGCGGCAACAGCAGAAGGAAGAUGAAGAUCGAGUCCGUGUAUCCGCAUUUGGUCACGUCGGAUCCCCACUCCGAAAUUCAACAUUGAAUCUAAAUGAUACUUCCAAAGCUAAGCCAAUUGCACGUCCGAGUGCCACUAGCGAAUCCUCAAGUUAUCUUUCCACUUCGCCACGCCAUUGUGAUGUGUCAAUAACAUCACAACAACUUCAGCGCACCCAUCUGUCUCACACUGAUAUCGGUGGUGGUAAUGAUCAAUCUCCAAACUUGGCUCGUGCUACAAGUAGUUCUAUUGGGUCAAGAUCAAUUCUUACGGGCGAAAAGCAAAAAAAUGGAGUUAGCUCUGUAAGUGGAGUGAAUAUGCGAUACACUGCUCCUAUUGACGAGGAGCAUUGCGAAUUCGUCUUUAGUAUGGAAGGAGAUGAAACAGUAGAAAAACGACGAAACAGUAGCGGCUGGCCCACCUAUGGAAGAAUCACCGAAAGCCCUAGACUGACCACUUUUGGCGGAGAAGGGAGUCACAGUCAGCCAACGAGAAUCCUAAAUAGUGAAAGACUUGGAAACAUGGUCAACCGCUGA